UGCAAAAAUAACAAAAGGCUUUCUCUUUAUUUCUCGAUGAAAAAUGUGAGGCUCAUUUCACUCAGAAAAGGCUAGCUUUCUUCCUCACAGCUGAUCUUGGUUGAAAUCUGGGUUUGUUUUCUUUUUCUUUUUACGGAGAAAUGGGGCAACUUUGUUGGGUUUAUUUAGUGCUGAUGUCACUUGCUUUUGGGUUGGGAUCGAAGACUUUGAGUCAAGAGGAUCCACAUUCAGAUGUUUACAUUGUUACUCUUAAGCAAGCUCCUUCAGCUCAUUACUUUGAGGAGGAAGUAAGAAAACAUAAGGGGUUCAACAAUGGCUCUACUUCAUACAGAUUAAGCAGUCUUUACAAACCAAGGAACAAUUCCAGAUCUCAUCAGAGGUGGAGUUAUAUUUCCAAAAUUCAUGAUUCUUUGUUGAGGAGUGCUUUGGGUGGGGAGAAAUAUCUUAAGUUAUAUAGUUACCACUACUUGAUUAAUGGCUUUUCAGUGCUUAUUACUCUUCAACAGGCGGACAAGCUUUCCAGGAGAAGAGAAGUUGCAAAUGUUGUGUUGGACUUUUCUGUUAAAACUGCAACCACAUAUACUCCAGAGUUCUUAGGUCUAACAAAGGGUGCAUGGCCACAGGAAGGCGGAUAUGGGACUGCUGGAGAGGGGAUUGUGAUCGGGUUUAUUGAUACUGGUAUCGAUCCUACUCACUCCAGCUUUGCCGAUGAUGUAUCAGAUCAUCCGUACCCUGUUCCAAACCAUUUUUCUGGCGUUUGUGAGGUGACUCGGGACUUUCCUUCCGGAUCAUGCAAUAGGAAGCUUGUUGGAGCACGCCAUUUUGCAGCAUCUGCUAUAACAAAAGGAAUAUUCAAUUCAUCUCAGGACUACGCAUCACCCUUUGAUGGGGAUGGACAUGGCACGCACACGGCUUCAGUUGCUGCAGGAAACCAUGGGAUUCCAUUGGUGGUAGCUGGGAACUACUUUGGAAAUGCUAGUGGGAUGGCUCCUCGUGCACAUAUUGCUGUUUACAAAGCUUUAUAUAAGAGCUUUGGAGGAUUUGCCGCAGAUGUAGUUGCUGCCAUAGAUCAGGCUGCACAAGAUGGGGUUGACAUAAUAAGCUUAUCAAUAACUCCCAACAGGCGUCCACCUGGUAUUGCAACGUUUUUCAAUCCCAUUGACAUGGCAUUGCUGUCAGCUGUAAAGUCUGGUAUUUUCGUUGUCCAAGCUGCUGGCAAUACUGGACCAUCACCUAAGAGCAUGUCUUCUUUCAGUCCGUGGAUUUUAACUGUUGGCUCUGCAUCUCAUGACAGAGUGUAUGCUAACUCUAUCGUCCUCGGAAACAAUGUAACUAUCCCUGGAGUUGGACUUGCACCGGGUACAGAUACGGAUAAAAUGUAUACACUAAUUUCUGCAGUUCAUGCUCUAAGCAAUGAAGCUACACUUGCCAUCGAUAUGUAUGUGAGUGAAUGCCAAGACUCCAGUAACUUUGAUGGGGAACUUAUCCAAGGAAACCUGUUAAUAUGUAGCUAUUCAAUCCGGUUUGUGCUUGGACUCUCCACAGUCAAGCAGGCCUUACAAACUGCGAAAAACCUUAGUGCAGCUGGAGUUGUGUUCUACAUGGAUCCUUUUGUAAUCGGUUUUCAGCUUAAUCCAACACCACUGAAUAUGCCUGGCAUCAUAAUUCCUUCAUCAAAUGACUCCAAGAUUUUACUACAAUAUUACAAUUCUUCUCUGGAAAGAGAUGGGUCUACCGGGAACAUUAUUAGGUUCGGGGCAGUUGCAAGCAUUUCUGGUGGACUGAAAGCAAACUACAGCAUUUCGGCUCCGAAGGUUAUGUUUUAUUCUGCCCGAGGACCAGAUCCUGAAGACAGUUUCCUAGACGCGGACAUAAUGAAACCAAACUUGGUUGCCCCUGGUAAUUCUAUAUGGGCCGCCUGGAGUUCUCUUGGCACAGAUUCAGUUGAAUUCCAAGGUGAAAGCUUCGCUAUGAUGUCCGGCACAAGCAUGGCAGCUCCUCAUAUUGCCGGUCUUGGAGCACUGAUAAAGCAGAAGUUUCCUCAUUUCAAUCCUGCAGCCAUUGCUUCGGCACUUUCUACAACGGCUUCUCUUUACGACAAAAAUGGCGGUCCAAUAAUGGCUCAGCGUGCUUAUGCCAAUCCUGAUAUAAACCAGUCUCCGGCGACACCAUUUGACAUGGGGAGUGGCUUCGUAAAUGCAACUUCGGCUCUUGAUCCGGGCCUAAUCUUCGAUACCACAUAUGAGGAAUAUAUGUCUUUUCUUUGCGGCAUUAAUGGUUCAAGUCCUGCGGUCUUGAAUUACACCGGUCAAAGCUGUCAGCUCUAUAACUCUACCGUCACUGCUGUCGACCUGAACCUGCCAUCAAUCACCAUUGCAAAACUGAACCAGUCUAACACAGUUGAAAGAUCGGUGACUAACAUUGCUGGAAACGAGACAUACAAAGUCAGUUGGACCACUCCUUCCGGAGUUUCGAUGAAGGUCACUCCAAUGUGUUUCUUCAUUAGCACAGGGGAGAAACAAGUCAUAACCAUAACCUUUAAUGCAACGACGAACGACUCCGUCCCCAGCUUCGGGCGGAUCGGACUUUUAGGAGAUGGAGGUCAUAACCUCAACAUACCAUUAUCAGUCAUUGUAAAGUUUUCCUACAAUAUGACUAAUGGCCGAGGAUUGAGAUAGAUAGUUGCUUUAUAAUCUGCCUUUUGCCUUAGCUUAUGGCUUGACCAUCAACCGAGUUUAUUUCAUUCAUUGCCCUGUAAAUGAAAUCAUUUUGUAAUCAAAAUUGA